AGAAUUUAACAGUUCCUAACUUCUUACUUUGCUUGCAUUCAUUUAGCAAUGACCAACAGCACAGUUGCUCCCAACAGCACGAGCUGCCGCAAUUUGCUUGACCCCACUGCGAUCACAGUGAUCCUACCCAUCUUGUACUGCUUUGUCUUCCUUGGAGGGUUCGUGCUGAACACAAUGGCUGCUUGUAUCUUCUACAAGAUUCCUAACCGCUCCAGCUUUACAAUUUACCUCAUGAACAUCGUGGCAGCUGACAUGUUGCUGGUGGUUACGCUUCCAUUUAAAAUCCUCUCCGAAUCCAACCUUGGAUCCUGGCAGCUGAAAGCCUUUGUAUGUCGCUACUCUGCCGUGAUAUUCUACAGCAGCAUGUACCUCAGCAUAAUAUUCCUCGGCCUGAUCAGCCUUGACCGCUACCUGAAGAUCGUGCAGCCACGCAAAAGCCUCAGUGUGCAGAAAGUCAAGUUCGCCAAGGUCGUCAGUGUGAGCUGUUGGGUUUUCAUCAUCAGCUUCGCCUUGCCAAAUAUCAUUUUAACCAACAAGGACGCCGCAGUGGAAACUGCAGCACAUUGCCUGAAGUUGAAGAGCAAGCUGGGUGAGACUUGGCAUCAAAUUGUAUUUAUCAAUUGUGAAGUUAUUUUCGGGAUCAUUUUUGCUCUCCUCACUUUGUGCUACUUAGCCAUCCUGAAGAAACUGUACUGGUCCAACCAAAAAUUCCAGAACAAUUCCGGCACGGUGAUCAAGAAAGCUAAUCGCAACAUUUUCAGCAUCUUGGCCGUCUUCUUCAUCUGCUUUUUGCCCUACCAUGUUAUCCGGAUCCCAUACGCGAAUAUCCGGUCAGCGGAGAGCGGCUGUACAACACACAACCGACUGUACUACGCCAAGGAGGCCACGUUGCUUCUGUGCGCGUUUAACGUUUGCCUCGAUCCCAUCAUCUACUUUCUUCUGUGCAAGUCCUUCACCAGAGUGCUGCGCCGAACAUUGAGAAUUAAGAGAAACAAGGCGGUCAAAAUGGAUGACGCUAGGAAUAGGGCACAGUCAAGUAAUGCCUCUUAUCAAGACCACGAUUCCAGUGCUUCUUAA